GCGUAACUUAUAUAAAGUUUUCCAAGACCUCCGAAGCGGCACUGGCGAUGGAGGAGAUGAACGGGAAGUGCAUAGGGGGGCACCCGAGACCCCUCAAGGUCCUCAUUGCGCACAGUCGUGAGCAAGGAUCCCGGAGAGACAUGAACGAAGAGGAGAGGCUCCUGCGACUCUUUGUUGUUGUGCCAAAGUCGCUGGGGGAAGCCGAGCUCAGGGAGCAUUUUGUACAGUUCGGCGACAUUGAUUAUGUCUCCAUUGUCCGUGACAGGAAUACUCGUGACAGCAAAGGCUUUGCUUAUGUUAAAUAUCACAGGAUGUCACAUGCUGCAAAAGCCUUUGAGAGCUGUGAACGUACCUUUAAGCCAGUGUUUGCCGACCCCAAGCCCCAGAAGUCGGAUGGGCUAAAGUUCGAAGGUGGGGGCCGAGACCUUAGAGAUCUGCGGGGCAGCGAUGGCUAUGGGGGAGGGUACUCGUCAGGCCCGCUCACCCCGCACCACAAUAACCAUCAUUCACCGUUUGACGCCAUUUCUUACAGUGAGUUGGACACAAGUGGGCUAAAUCCCGAGGGUGUGACGCGGCUGACAGUUAUCGCUUCGCCUACCCUCAACCAGGACCAGCUAUGGAAGUUGUUUGACCUAAUCCCUGGUCUUGAUUACUGCGACCUGAGGAAAGACCGCAAGUCUGGACAGAUGAUUCACCAUCAGGCGCGUGGAGUGGCUACCGUGGUGUAUAACAACAUUCAGUCUGCAACCUAUGCAAAGGAGAAGCUACAUGGGUUUGAGUAUCCCCCUGGACAGCGGUUAAUUGUCAAGCUUGAUCAUCACGACAUGCCACCCAGUGGUCCCCCUCCCAUGAUGCCUGGAACCCCUGGUGGCCCUCCCUUUGCUGGCCUACCUCGUGUUGCUGGAGCAUUGGCCUCGCACAACGGCACUAUGGGAGGAAGUCCCCCAGGAGGCAUGGCCGUGGCACCCCAGUCAGCAGUAUCGGGCGGACAACCCAACAGCAAUAUUCAGCAAAACCUGGCGCAGUUGGCUGAGACCAUUGCUCAGGCCACGUCACUCAUACAGGCUGCGGGGCUGAAUCAAGGAUCAGCAGGACACAACAACAUGGGCACUCAAGGGCAGACUGGGGGUGGCGAGACGUACGACCCAUCCUACUGCUCAGUCAAAUUACCACCCCCACAGCCUCUUGCACCUGUUGAUUCGGCAGUGGCAGAAAGGUUGUUUAUUGUGUGUCAUCCAUCACCACCCCCAAUAUAUGCAUUGAAGGACGUCUUUGGGAGAUUUGGAAACCUUAUCGAUAUUUAUAUGUUGAACGGAAAAACCUUUGGAUAUGCUAAAUAUGCUAGCAAAGAUUCGGCAGAUAAGGCAAUUGUAGUGUUACACGGACAGGAAGUGCUUGGAUCUCGUUUAAAAGUAAUGGAAGCAGAUCCACAUGACAAAGCAGACUCAGGUCGCAAGAGACUACGCAUCGAUGAUCAGAGUUGAGCAUCCCUGCCACGAGGUAUGCAUUGAGUGCCCUGACACAUGCAACUUUCUGACUAUUAGGCUCGGUUAAGAGAGAAUUGUGAUUAUUUGUACCUCCCAAGAUAGUGCCUGAGGAUGGCCUUCCUAUUUUAUGAUAUAUCAAAGCAAGUUUGUAUUGCCUGUAUAUAUAUAUAUAUGUAUGUAUAUCAUUAUAGCAUUAUUGAAUCUAGAGAUGGUUUAAGAGAAAAAAAAAACACUAUUUUUAGCCAGCUGAAUUGAAUAAGUGGAUAGUCUUGGGAUAUACGAUAUCAGAUUCUCACUGUAGAUAGAUGGCAGACUUCAGAAAUGUCAGGAAUGCGUCGUCUUUUUUCUUUGUGAAAGCAGACAACUGUUCUGUUAAUAUCUUCCUAUGUGUGCAGAGAGAUGGUUGAGAAAGAAGGGAAAUGCCCAGAAACACUAUUUUUCUUUGUCAUGUGUAUUGGCUCUGUAACUGGUUCUUGGGAGAAUUUCUCUGCAUACGCCUAGAACUUGUACAUUUCUAUGCAAGAAGACUCCAUAAUACAAAAGAAAGAAUGUGUAUAUUACAAGAAUGCAUGAUAGCAGGGGCUGUAAAGGGGAAAUGCCUCUGUGGUCUUGUAUGCUGUCUUAGGCAAUGGUACGUGUGUGCAUGGACUGAUAGCAUCACUGGUGUGCUUGGCAUGUAUUUAAAACUGCAAUGCAAUUUUUCCUUACACUUGUGUUUUGUUCUGCAUAAAGAGAUAUCACUUAUUUUGAUACUGUUUCCAGAGUCUCACGUUCCAUAAAUUUUUAAGUCAGAUUGAUCAGUAUUUUUUAAAAGAUUGACUUAAAGCUUUAGAAUCUUGUUGAUGUAUGCUGUGAUAAUGAUAUCUGUGAUAGAGGAGAUAUGAUGCAUGGCUGUUAACAUGCACAGGAAUGCAUCCUGUUGAGGGACAUAGAGCAAAAGUGUUGCACAGAUUUCAAAUGUGUCAUUUUUUGUUGUUGUUCAUAAAGGGAAUUAGUUGUGUAUUUUAAUGAACUAAAUAGUGCAUGACUUACUUUUAAGAUGAUUUGCUUGCUCAUAUGUUAUUUUGCAAAGGAAGAGAAAAUGUAUGAGGACAAAGUUAGAGAACAAUGAUUUUUUUUAUUACUAAAAGAAGCAUGUGUGGUGGUCAUAGCAUGAAAUGCUUCAAACUGCU